CCCGCGGGCAUCUGCUGCGUGUCCCACUCCGUGCUCAGCGUCCCCAUUGCAGUCGGCGCUGCCUCGAUGUUCCAGCUGCCCAUCUUGAAUUUCAGUCCCCAGCAAGUGGCCGGGGUAUGCGAGACUCUGGAGGAGAGCGGCGACGUAGAACGCCUGGGUCGCUUCCUCUGGUCGCUGCCCGUGGCCCCUGCGGCCUGCGAGGCCCUCAACAAGAAUGAAUCGGUGCUGCGCGCGAGAGCCAUCGUGGCCUUUCACGGUGGUAAUUACCGGGAACUCUACCAUAUCCUGGAAAACCACAAGUUCACUAAGGAGUCCCACGCCAAGCUGCAGGCGUUGUGGCUCGAAGCGCAUUACCAGGAGGCUGAGAAGCUGCGUGGACGGCCCCUGGGGCCAGUGGACAAGUACCGUGUGAGGAAGAAGUUCCCGCUGCCGCGCACCAUUUGGGAUGGCGAACAGAAGACACACUGUUUCAAGGAGCGCACGCGGCAUCUACUACGGGAAUGGUACCUGCAGGACCCAUACCCCAACCCCAGCAAAAAGCGUGAGCUCGCCCAGGCAACCGGACUGACCCCUACGCAGGUGGGCAACUGGUUCAAAAACCGCCGACAAAGGGAUCGGGCGGCUGCAGCCAAGAACAGACUCCAGCAGCAGGUCAUGACGCAGGGCUCCGGACGGGCUCUAAGGGCUGAGGAAGAGGGCACGCCUGAGGUGCUCGGUGCCGCCGCCAGCCCCGCCGCCAGCCUAUCCAGCAAGGCGGCCACAUCGGCCAUCUCCAUCACGUCCAGCGACAGCGAGUGCGACAUCUGA